GAUGAUGAAAUAAUGACUGAAUUGUUUUUUGGGGGGGUGAACUUAUCCUUUAACUUCAAUGCUUCCAUAUAUUCAUUUUGCGUGGGGAGCAGCGCAGACACGGGCUGAAUCAUACAAACGUGAAUCCUCACAAAGUAUGUGAAGUGUCAGGAGAUGUUCGUGAUGUCGGGUCCGCCACCACCUGUCUGUCCUCGGGCACUUCCUGGCAUUCAAACGCAUAAAAACAACAACAACAACAACAAUAAUGCGUGUUGUUAAUCCUCCACCCCGUCAAUCUGUUUAAUCGAUCAGCCUCGGACGACCUGUGACACUAACGAGAUUACCAAUUCACACAUCACUCGCUCCUCUGCAGGUCUAAUGGGUCCUGACAGUCACAGAGCCCGGAGCCCUCCUCCCACGCUCCUUCUCCAGCCCACUCCUCUCUUUAUCUGAGGCGCUCCUCCGCUCCGAUCCUCAGAGCAGCAGGCGCCCCGGUCAGCGCAGCUCUCUCCUGCAUCUGCGGAGAGGACGGGACUCGGUCGCCUUGUUGCACCGCCAGCAGUUUCCUCUUGGAUUCUAUCCCUCCCCGCCGCCAACAUGAGACUUGUUUGGGUUUUUGUUGCGGUUGCGGCUUUGCUCACAGCAGAAAAUCAAGCGCUUCCAGUGGCAAAAGAAGGACAGAGAGAAGAUGUGGUAACACGAUGCUUGGUUGAAGUCUUGUCCAAAGCACUCUCCAAACCGGACUCCCAGCUGGAUCAGCAAUGCAAAGAAAUCCUCCAAGCAGGGGUUAAAAACGCUCCGCUGGACAAGAAGACUACAGAGGCGACCGAUGGAGAGGCGGUCAGAGGUCACCCCGAGGGGACUGAGGCAAAGGGAGCAGACGUGAAAGACAUCGAGGCGCUCCUGAAGUCCGUCGAGGAAAAACGAGAAAUCCCGGAGGACGAGCGCAGCCAAGAGUCCUGGAGCCUGGGCGACGAGAAGGACAAGAGACACGAGGACGAGGCGGAUGAAGCAGAGCGGGAGAAGAGGAGCGGCUGGAGGCCGGGACACCACCAACAACGGAUGCACAAACGAGGGGAAGAGGAAGAAGAGGAAGACAACCAGCGCAGUCAGGAGAGCUGGGGGCUGGAGAAGAGGAGAUUAGACGAAGAGGAAGAAGAGGAAGAAGACAAGGAGAAGAGGAACUGGAGACCCGGAAGAUACCACCAAAGAAAAAACAAACGAGACGAGGAAACUUUGGGAGAUGAGAGGGAGGAGCCAGAGGAAGAACGCAGCCAAGAGUCCUGGGACAUAGCCAAGAGGCACGGGAAUGAGGGAAAGACCACGCAUCGCUACCCACACAAGACAAAGCUCCACAAACGUGGUGAGGAGGAUGAAGACGGCGAGCGCAGCCAGGAAUAUUGGGGUCUUGACGAUGAGAGGGACAAGAGGGACUGGAGGGCUGGAAGGUACCACCAGAGGAGACACAAACGUGAUGAAGAGCUCGCAGAUGAACCAAGAGAAGAACCAGAGGAAGAACGCAGCCAGGAAUCAUGGGACUUUGAUAAUGGAAGAGACAAAAGAGAGUGGAGGUCCGGUAGGCACCACCAGAGGAGACACAAGCGUGACAAAGAGCUCUCCGAGGAGGCCAGGGACGAACCCGAUGAGGAACGCAGCCAAGAAUAUUGGGACUUCGAUACUGGAAGGGACAAGAGAGACUGGAGGGCCGGCAGAUUCCACCAGAGGAGACACAAGCGUGACGAAGAGCUCGCAGAGGAACCAAGAGAAGAACCAGAUGAAGAACGCAGCCAGGAAUCGUGGGACUUUGAUACUGGAAAAAACAAGCGCGAUUGGAGGGCUGGAAGGUACCACCAGAGGAGGCAAAAGCGUGAUGAUGAGCUCUCCGAGGAGGCCAGAGAAGAACCGGAUGAAGAACGCAGCCAAGAAUAUUGGGACUUCGAUACUGGAAGGGACAAGAGAGACUGGAGAGCCGGCAGAUUCCACCAGAGGAGACACAAGCGUGAUGAAGAUCUCUCAGAGGAAGCCAGAGAUGAACCCGAUGAGGAACGCAGCCAAGAAUAUUGGGACUUCGAUACUGGAAGGGACAAGAGAGACUGGAGGGCCGGCAGAUUCCACCAGAGGAGACAAAAGCGUGAUGAAGAUCUCUCAGAGGAAGCCAGGGACGAACCUGAUGAGGAACGCAGCCAGGAGUCAUGGGACUUUGAUACAGGAAGAGACAAAAGAGAAUGGAGGGCCGGCAGAUUCCACCAGAGGAGACAAAAGCGUGACGAAGAGCUCGCAGAAGGACCAAGAGAAGAACCAGAUGAAGAACGCAGCCAGGAGUCAUGGGACUUUGAUACAGGAAGAGACAAAAGAGAAUGGAGGGCCGGCAGAUUCCACCAGAGGAGACAAAAGCGUGACGAAGAGCUCGCAGAAGGACCAAGAGAAGAACCAGAUGAAGAACGCAGCCAGGAGUCAUGGGACUUUGAUACAGGAAGAGACAAAAGAGAAUGGAGGGCCGGCAGAUUCCACCAGAGGAGACAAAAGCGUGACGAAGAGCUCGCAGAGGAGGCCAGAGAAGAACCAGACGAGGAACGCAGCCAGGAAUCCUGGGGACUGGACAAAAGAAACGGAAGAGAGGAGGAAGAAAUAGAAAAGCGCGUAUGGAAGCCGACACACAGAUACCACCACAAAAAGAAAUACCACAAGCGCAGCGGUGGCUCAGAAGAAGAGGAAGAACAGAGGGCCGAUUCAGGGGAAUACGAAGAGGCGGCAAAGGACAGGAGCGAAGCUCUGAGGUAUCUGGCAGAGAAGCGCAAUCCCUGGAUUUUCAGAGGCUAUUACCAUCCUGCAUGGUAUAAGAGGGACUCAGAUGAGAAUGCUGCAACCUCAAAUAAGAUGGACCAACUGGCCAAGUUGCUGAGCUACAAGAUAAACCAGCUGGCAAACCACUCGAAUCCAGCGGAGGCAAAGAGCAGCACGCAACAGAAAACACUCACUGCACAGGAGGAGAAAGAGCUGCAGAACCUCGCAGCGAUGGACAUGGAGUUGCAGAAAAUCGCUGCCAAACUGCAUGACAACAGUGCGUAAGCCUGGACGGACAGCAUUUCUUUUUGACUUAUCAGUGGAUAAAAAACUGCUGUCUUAACUGUAUGUCUGCAAAUUUUGUGUGCUUACAGUGUUAAAAAAGACAAAAAAAUAAGAAAAAACCUUGGAGCCUUGCCAAAAACCUUUCAUCAACUUGUUUAUCAUGGUAUUUGUGGUAUUUUGAUGUUAUCAAAUUAAUCCGCAUGGGAAUGGUUUUGAUGUUUAUAUAUAUAUAUAUACACUUUACGAGAAACUAUGAAAAAUAAUAUACAUCUGAAACAAAUUAUUGAAAUAAUUGUGUUCUGAAGAGUUUGUUCAAUCUGCACUCAAUAAAAAGGAGUUAUUCUGGGACCAAA